AUUUUCUCUAUUAGGAUGAGUAUUGGCCGAGCACGCGCAUCUUCUGUAUGUAAAUCUCUUCUAGGUCCUGCCGCUAGUUUCAACUUAUUGCAUGGCUCGGUUUUCAGUCCGUCCGAUGAUUACUUGCAGCGUAGAUAUAUAUCUAGCAAAAUGUCCAGUUCAACAAGCCUCAUCUUGCUCAGCAGCACCAGAUUCCAGUGUUUUCCAACAUUUGCAGUCAUACUAAUACUAAUACGCUGUAUAAUAUCACAUCGUAUAAGCACCUGCACCUCCAGCUGAAUAGCUUCAGCUUCAACUUCAACCAUGUCUCCCCCUGACAAGACCGAAUCUCAUGCUCCAGAUCGCAAAUCAUUCAACUCGCUCUCAUCAGCCGAACCACAAAGUCCUUUCGAACCUAACAACAAAAUAUCAUCAAAAGAUGAGAAGCCUCAACCACUUCAAGGCAACCAGCAAGAGUCCGCAAAUGACACCAAGGAAGAUGAGUCAAGCCCCAAGGGCCCAGCUUUCGACAAAGAAGCUCAGGAGAACUACAAACCAAAGACACUGAAGUUCUGGCUUAUAAUCCUCUCCGUCUUUGCUGCCAUGUUUCUCGUCGCUCUCGACCGCACAAUCAUUGCAACUGCCAUUCCUCAAAUCACAAACGACUUCCAGAGUUUAGGCGACAUAGGAUGGUAUGGUUCUGCAUACAUGCUCACAACAGCUGCCUUUCAGCUCAUUUUUGGUCGUAUCUAUCGAUUUUACCCUUUAAGGACGACCUUCCUUGUCUGUAUCUUGCUGUUCGAGAUUGGCUCUGCCAUUUGUGGUGCCGCUCCCCAUUCUGUUGCCUUCAUAAUCGGAAGAGCUAUUGCUGGUAUUGGCUCAGCAGGCAUCAUGACUGGAUCGAUGAUGUCCAUUGUUCCUAUGAUUCCUCUUCAUAAGCGGCCAAUGUUCCAAUCCAUGUUUGGCAUGGUUUUUGGCAUCUCGUCCGUUGUUGGACCUCUUCUUGGGGGAGCCUUCACUCAGCAUGCCACUUGGCGAUGGUGUUUCUAUAUGAAUCUCCCUGUAGGAUUCGUCGCCUCGGUCUUCCUCUUCUUCUUCCUCCACAUAUCACCCAAGAAGCACGAACCUGUUCCUGUUCUAAAGCAUAUCACCCGAUUAGACCCGCUCGGAACAUUCUUCUUUGUGCCAUCCAUGAUCUGCCUCAUCCUGGCACUUCAAUGGGGUGGCUCGACUUACCCCUGGGGCAACUGGCGAAUAAUUCUCCUCUUCGUUCUCUUCGCUCUUACAGCCUUCAUUUUUGCUCUCAUACAGAUCAAGAUGCCCGAGACUGCAACUGUCCCCGCCAAGGUCAUCACUCAGAGGACUAUGCUGGCCUGUGCAUGGACCAUGUUGUUUGUUGGUGGUGGUAUGAUGAUUGUCGUUUACUAUCUCCCCCUGUGGUUCCAGGCUACCAAGGGCGCCAAACCCGUCGACUCGGGCAUUUAUACGAUCCCGUUAGUGCUAAGCCUUGUCGUAGCUAGUAUUGUCUCUGCUGCCUUCACCCAGCGCAUUGGCUACUAUGUCCCAUCUAUGCUGAUAUGUCCCUGUAUCAUGGCCAUUGGAGAAGGGCUCUUGACCACGCUCAAGCCAGAUACGGGUUCAUCGCACUGGAUUGCCUAUCAAUUCCUUGUUGGUUUUGGUUUGGGCCUUGGAAUGCAGACUUCCGGCCUUGCUGUCCAAGCAACACUCCCCAAGGAGGAUAUCCCCAUCGGAAUCUCGAUCACCUUCUUCGCACAGCAACUCGGUGGUGCCAUAUUCGUCUCCGUUGGGCAGACUGUGCUUAACGGGCUUCUCGCGAAACAUUUAUCAGAUAUACCCAACCUCACGCCCAAGAAAAUUGUCGAUGCAGGCGCUACAGAACUGAACAACAUAGUUCCGCCCGAGUACAUGCCCCUGGUGAAGGACGCCUACAACAUUGCCAUUACCCGGAUAUUCUUUGUGAGUCUGGCAUUGACUCUAGCCCAGUUGAUUUGCGCGCUUGGUGUGGAAUGGAAGAGCAUCAAGCCCAAGACCGAGUCAUCGCCAGAGGCCGGCAACCCUCAGGUUCGACAGGAGUCAAAGCCAGAAGAGCCAUGAUGGACGAUAUAUAAGACGUUUGGGUUUGUAAAAUUGAUGAGGCUAUUAGCAAAGAAACCCCCCCCCCCCCAUGAAACAAGACCGCUCAUACAAAA